AUGGAUUCCGGUAAGCGUUUCUUCUUCUCGGCUCCUGAAGACCAAAUGGACGACAAAUCCUCCACAGUUAUCGCCAGACACGACAUCACGAUCUCAGAUCUAGACUACAUCACAUCUGCCCCCCUAAACGGAUUCGUAUGCUUCACACGUGGUUCUUCGGUUGUUCUUCGUAAUCCAACCAAUGGAAGUGGAUCCGCCCCUGUUUGCAUGGAUGGUGCUAUAUACUACGGAGUUGGGCAUACAAGGAUAGCUAGAUUUGAUGUUGGAUCCGAGGAUAUUGCGUUUAUUCAAGGACCCGAAGACUAUAAUGCAAUCUCAUGUUAUUCAACACUCACAAAUUACCAUGGAAAAUUAGCAUGUGUAAGCUACGGUGAAUCCCAUGAGAUGCGUAUGUGGAUUCUACAAGAUGCUGAGAAACAGGAAUGGUCGAACGCCAUGACUUGUUUUGUGCCUUGUGACAAGAAGACAUCUUUGUGCACUGGAGAGAUUCAUACCAACGAGGUUGUAAUGGCUUCUAGAUGGUUAGAGUCAUCUAAGCCCUUCUAUGUUUACUAUAUGGAUAUGAUGAGGGAGAGUAUCAGAAGAGUUCAGAUUGAUGGAAUAGCGGAUAAUGAGUUUAGACGUAUCCACGGAAUUGGCAAGAAUGCUCUUAGGCUUUCGUGUUACCCAGGUCACGUUGAGCAUUUUGUUGGUCCCCCUAUUUAG